AUGUUUAUAUGGUAUAUCCUAUUAUUGAUUAUUUGUUAUGUUCAUUCAAUUGAAUUUAAUCCAAAUGAAAUUAAUAAUAAAGAUGAAAAUACUCAAUUUGUUAUUUAUCCAUCUUUAUAUCUAUGUAAUAAUGGUUCAUUUUCAUUUGAAUUUCGUACAAAAACAAAAAAUGGUUUAAUUUUUUAUACAUAUGAUAAUUAUUAUUAUGAUUCAAUUAUUGUAUCAAUAUAUAAUGGAAAAUUAUUAGUUGAAGAAAAAUUUGGAAAAAAUAAAUCCUAUCAAAAAUUUGAUCAAACAAUAAAUGAUAAUAAAUGGUAUAAAAUUGUAUUUAAAAGACGUUCAUCAUUAAUAACUGAAAUUAUACUUUAUACAGUUGCUUUACGUAAUGUUGAAAAUCGUAUAAUAAAAACAAAAAUAUUAAAUUAUUCACCAUUUACAACAAUAAAUACAAGUUCAUUAGUUUAUAUUGGUGGUUUACCAUUGAAUAUAUAUAAAAAAGAACGUUAUUCAAGUGAAUUUUUAUUUUCAUCUUAUCAAGGUUAUAUACGUAAUCUUCGUUAUGGUUUAUGUGGAUGUCCUGAACGUAUUCAAUAUCCAAUUUUUUCAUCAUUAUUAAAUAAUUAUCAAUCUGAAGUGUGUGAACAACAAAUAUCAUUAUGUUCAAGUUCAUCAUGUGAAUGUUUAAAUGUCGAUGAAGAACCACGAUAUCAAUGUGAUUGUAGCAAUAAAACAUGUAGUAUUUUAACUAUGAUGAAUAACAAUCUUAUUGAAUAUAAAAUUGAUUUUACAUCUGCUGACUACAUAUCAAAAAAUGAUGCAUCGACAUUUACAUAUGGUGCACAUCCAAAUAUUUUUAAUGUUAUGAAAAAAAAUAUUAAAACAAAUUCUAAUGAAAAUAGUCUUACGAUAUUUUCACCUAUUCAUAAUCAAGAAGAUAAUUGUAUGUGGGAUUUAAAUACAUGUUCAAUAGAAUUAAUUUUAACAUUUAUUUUUUCAAUUGAACAUUUUAAUAGUUCACAAUCUAUUUUUGCACAAUAUUUGAAAAAUGAUGCAUCAAUUCAUAUAAAUUUUAUUGUUUUAAAUUCAUCAUCAACUAAUUUACAUUUUGACCUUUGGUUACCAUUUAAUCAUGGUAUUUUACGUACACAACUUACUGAAUUUCCUUAUCAAACGCCAUUAUUUAUUAACCUUGUUUAUCGUUCACCAUUAUCAUUAUCCGUUUUUCUUUUCGGUCAACUUAUGGAUUAUACAACAAGUUCGAUUUAUAUUCAAUCCAAUAAACCAUCUUCAUCAUCUUCUUUAUCUUUUAAUACAUAUGUUGAAUUUCGUUCUAUAUCUUGGUCUUAUCAAAAGCAAUCAUUUGAAUGUUGUGCAUUUAUGCACGAUGAUGAGCGUUUAAAACGAGAUACAACAAAUCUCGAUUUAUGUCAAUGCGGUGCUCUUACAGAAGCAUCAUUAAAUAACAAUCGUUUGAUACCUAAAACGAUUAGUGAAUAUCCAUCACCCGUCAAUGUUCGAACAAAAUAUACAACUGAUGAAGAAGAUUAUACAUUAUCAGAAUCAAUAUCAUUUUCUAUUCUUACAAAUCAACAAAUAUCACAAGCAACAACUAUUCUUGCUGGAUUUGCAUAUGAUAAUAUUUAUUAUGUAUUUGAUAUUGAGGAUGGUAAACCAAAAAUAAUUUUUUCACAAGAUGAUCUUCCUGAUAUUAUUUUAACAAUAAAACCUAGUAAUCAAAUAAUAAUUAAUGAUGGUAAAUGGCAUAAAUUAAAUAUUCAACGAUUAGAUAGAAAGUUACGUUUUGAUCUUGAUAAUAUUGAACAAUCUGAUGUACAAUUACCUGAUGGAUGGCAAGCAAAAACAAAUAUAUUUAUUGGUGCAGAAUUAACACCUGUACCUAAUGGAGAUUUUAAUGGAAAAAUUGGCGAUAUUCUAGUAACUAAUUCAGGACAAUCAAUAAAUCUUCGUGAAGAAGAUUUAACAGAUGAGAAUGAUGAAAAUUCGAAAGAUUUAACAACACCUAUUAUAUCAUCAUUAUCAUCAUCUAAUGAUAAAAUAUUUGUUGUUGUUGAUAUGAAAUCUUCUGAAAUAAGUCAAACAAUUGGUUUUAUUCCAAAUGAUAAUAGUGAAAUAAUUAUUCCAUCAUCUAUAAAUACAGCAUUUAAUACAUUUAUAUUUUCAUUUCGUACACGUUCAAAUGUUAGUACACUUAUAGAAUUUGAACAAAUUAGUUUAAAUAUUGAUGUUGAUGGAUAUUUAGCAUUAGUUAUACGUGAUAAACAAGCUCAACGAAUAUUAUCUAAUGAUGAACAAAAACCAAUUAAUGAUGGAAAUUUAUAUACAGUUUAUUUACAACGUACAGAUAAAAAUCUUGAUGCAUGGAUAAUUAAAAAUAAAAAAAUUAAACCAAAUAAAAUUUCAAUUGAACUUUCAACAUCGAAAUUAAUCGUAGAAAAUUUUAUAUUUGGUCCACGUAGUCAAUUUAUUGGUUGUCUACAAAAUAUUACAUAUAAUGAUCAAUUAUUAUCAUUUAAACAUUUAUCUUUCAAUAGACAACAAUGUCCAUCAAGUAGUAUAGCUUUGAAAUCGGCUGAAAUUUUAUCUUAUAAUAAUAUUUAUAUUGAUCAAAUUAUUUCAUUUAAAGAAUAUGAUCGUCCAUUGAUUAUUAAUCUUGAUACUCCUGAAGAUUUUCGUAUAUUUUCUUUUUCAUUUUAUACUCAAGAUUUCAAUAGUAUUAUUUGUUCAUUAGCUGAUAAAACUUAUGAAAAUUUUAUGACAUUAAGUAUUUAUAAUGAACGUUUAUUAUUAACAUAUGAUGAUAAACAAAGAAAACGAAUGAAAAUUUAUAUGAAUAAUUCAAUAUUAAUUAAUGAUGGACGUGAACAUAAAUUAGUAUUAAAAUUACUUAAUAAAGAUGAUUUUAUAUUUGAAAUUGAUGGAAAUAUAAUUAUGAAAAAAUUUCCUACAAAUUUACGUAUUAAUACAAUUUAUAUUGGACAAUUAGAUAGUUAUAUUAAAGAAAAAUUUUCUGAUUUAGAUGGAGAUAAUUUUAUUGGAUGUAUUAAAGAUAUUAUGUUAAAUGAAAAAUCAAUUGUUAAAUUAGAUCAUAUUCAUCAUAUAGGAAGAUUAACAAAUAUUUGUCAAUUAUCAAAACGUGGACGUAAAAAUGUUAUAUCAUAUGUAUCACCUGAUGUUAGUUUUUCAAUGCGUGAUCGUCGUGAUAUAAUUGAACUUCAAGUUCAAUCAAAUGAUGAAUUUCGUUAUUGUCAAAUGCCAAUAAAAACUCUAUCAUCAAAUGGUGUUAUAACAUCAAUGUAUUCAAAUGAUGAUCAACGUGGUUUAGUUCUUUGUUUAAAAGAUGGUAAAUUACAAUUAAAAUAUUAUUCACCAUAUAAUAAAACAUCACAAAUUCUAUUUAAUGAUAAUCAAACAAUAAAUGAUGGUAAACAACAUCGUAUAUUAGUUACACGACAAAUACCUGAAUCAUAUUCAAACGAUAAUAUAUAUGUACAAAUUGAUAAACGUACAACACCCGUAUCAAUACCAGAACGUUCACCAAUGUUUUUUGAUGUUCUUACUAUUGGUGGUUCAUAUCGUUUAAUGCCUGAUACAGCUAAUCAGCCAUUUGUUGGUUGUUAUGCUAAUGUUACAUAUAAUCGUCAUCCAUUAUUACCUGAAGGUGUUCUCAAAGCUGAUCGUUAUGAUUGUUUUUAUCAACAAGGAAUGAUGUGUGAUCGACAGACUCCAUGUCAUCAGAAUAUUCGACCAUUACCAUUUUGUGGUCAAACUGAUUGUUCAAUGGUUUGUGCUCCAACAGCUGUUGAUAUGGGUAAUACAGGUUUAGUUCGUUAUUUUACUCAAGUUGGACCAGGUCAAAAUGAACAAAUUGAUUUAACUAUUUUUACAACAUCAGCAAAUUCAACAUUAUAUAUAUCCCGUGAUGGUCCUAUUCAAGUUUCAAUUGUUCUUCAAAAUUAUUAUCCACGUUUAAUUAUACAAAAUGGACCUGCUUUAUAUACAUAUGAUUUUCCUAGUCGUGUACGAGGUGAUCAAUGGCAUACAUUACAUUGUCAAAAAACAUCCAAUACACUUGAUUUGACGUUUGAUUAUGAAACUCGACGUUACACAAAUCUAACUGGAUAUUUUAGUUUAUUUGGUGAUAGAAAAAUUCAUAUAUGUGGAACAAAUUUUUAUGGUUAUGUUCAAGAUGUUAUUCUUGUUUCGGAUAAUCGUCGUGAAAAUUUAAUACAAAAUUGUAUUCAUAAUCCAUCUUUAAUUGAUUAUGAUCCAAGUGUUGGUUGGAAUAAUCGUGCAGCUAUACCAGAACGGACACCAUGUGAAAGAAUCAAUUGUUUAAAUGGUGGUUAUUGUAUUCAACCAGCAACACAAACAGCUUUAGCUUAUUGUCAUUGUCCUGCUCAAUAUACGGGAUAUCGUUGUGAACAACCACUUUCAACGGAUCCUUGUGUAAAUUAUCAGUGCAAUCACGGAACUUGUCAAAAAGAUCGUAAUAAUCAACCGUAUUGUUCAUGUUAUGAGGGCUAUGGUGGCUCACGGUGUGAAACCCAAAUCGACCCAUGUGCACGAGUUAAUUGUAAUCAUGGUCGAUGUGAAAUCGAUCGUGGUAUGGCUGUAUGUCGAUGUUAUCAGGGUUAUACGGGACAUGAUUGUCUUACACCACUGGACGCAUGUGCUCGAGUUUCAUGCAAUCAUGGUACUUGUAUCAAUGAAGGUGCAUCAUAUAGAUGCGAAUGUCAUCGAGGUUAUGAAGGUUCAGCAUGUGAUCGACAAAUAGAUCCAUGCUCAAAUUUUGUUUGUUACAACGGAGGUGUAUGCCAUGUCCAACAGGAUAAUCAACCUAUGUGUCGAUGUGCACAUGGUUAUCGAGGACCGAAUUGUUAUGAAUCUGACGGUAUGUUUGAUCCAUGUUUACGGUACGAUUGCUCUAGUGGUACUUGUACGAAUGAUCGAGGCGUAGCUCGUUGUAUUUGUCCAAUUGGACGUGUAGGAAGUCAUUGUCAAGAGGAUAUAUGUACAAUGUACCCGUGUGCAAAUAGUGGACAAUGUGUCCCGGAAGGCAAUAGUCGACGUUGUAUUUGUUCACCACCGUAUUAUGGUGACGAUUGUCGAGAAAUUAAUCGACCAAAUCCAUGUGAUAAUGUUCAUUGUGUUUAUGGAUAUUGUCGUGAAGGAAUUUGUGAAUGUCAUUCAGGUUAUUCAGGGCCACGUUGUGAUACACCACCUGAUCUUUGUGCUGGCAUUAAUUGUUAUCAUGGAACAUGUUAUGAAGGUCGUUGUGCAUGUGCAGAAGCUUAUACAGGAUAUUAUUGUGACACACCAAUUGCAGCACCUUCACCGGUACCUGUCGUUGUAGUAACAACUGUUCGUAUACCAUUAGCAGCUCAAACUGGUGCUGUUAUCGGUGCAAAGAAAGGUCAAUUAAUUGAUUAUGGUCGUUUAUUAGGUGGUCGUGCUGGUCCUAUUGGUUGGAUAUUAGCUAUUGUUUCUGGUUUAUUAUUAUUGCCACUUGCACUUGCAUUUGCUGCACGUCAAUGUGCACAAGGUGCAUGUUUACCAGGUGGUGCUCGAGCUGGUUAUGUACCAGUAUUAACAGGCACAUCAGGUGUAACACAAACUGAAAAUGUACUUUAUGCCGGUCCUGAUAGUCGUGCAACACGUGAUCUUCAAUUAGUUGAUCAACGUGGUGAUAAUUUAGCUGCAUCAACUGCAGCUGCAUCAUCAGGUGGAAUGGAAACAACACGUAUUGAACAAACACGUGGUAAAAAAAGUAAUGUUUAUCACAUUACAGAAAUUGUUAGAGAAUAUGGCGGGAUGGAUACUGCUGGUGCUGUUUUUUCUAAUUAUCCAACAAUGUCAUCACGAUAUGGUGACUUUGCACGUGAUGCACAUAAUCAACAAUCAUCAUCAGCUUAUUCUCAACAACAUGUGAUUGAAACUGAUUAUCAUGCACCACCUGUUGGUGAUUUUGGUUAUGGACGUGGUGGUGCUGCUGUGGAAGGUUAUCGUGAUACAUUUGAUUCAUGGGAAGGUGCUGGUGGUGGUUAUUCCAUGAAUGCUAUGUUUGCUGAUGGUGGUCUACAAACUGAUUAUGAAUUAAGUAAUAUUAAUUCAAUUAGUAUGACACCAAAUGGAAAAUAUGCUAUUGUUGGACAAAGUCAAGGACCACCACAAAUAUGGGAUGCUGUUAGUGGACAACUUGUUUCAAGUAUGCAAGGAACAAGUUCAAAUUGUAGUAAAGUUGCCUUAGCAUGUAGUGGUACACUUUUAGUCGGUUUAGCUAGUGAUGGUAUUGAUGCCCAACCAUGUGUACUUCAAAUUUGGGAUGUUAAUACAGGCAAACCAGUACAAUUAACACAUCAAAUAAAAUGUGCAACAUUUACAUUAAGUAAUAAUUCAAAUAAUCUUAUUAUGGCUGGUAAUCAAAAAUAUGGACGUGGUAUAUCAGUUGGCAUACUUGAUUUAAAUAAUUCAGAAUUAACUAAAGAAAUUAAAUCUGAUACAAAUCAAUCAUAUGGUGGUACACCAUCAUUUAUAACAUUAACACCUGAUGAACGUUAUGCUAUUGUUGGUUGUCCAACAGGACCAACAUCAACAAAUUAUGUUGUAUUUGAUUUAACAACUCAACAAGAAUUAAUUCAACCACCAACAAUAACAUUAGAAUCUGAACCAAAAUGUUCAAUUGUUUUAAAUAAUGAACAAAUAUUAACAGGAACAAAAACAGGACAACUAAUACUUUGGGAUAUACCAACAUGUCAACGUUUACAUACAUUAAAUGAUAAUGGACAAAAUGCACAUCGUGAUCGUAUAACAGAUUUAAAAUUAUCACCUGAUCGUGCAUCUUUAGUAUCGACAAGUGCUGAUGGCACAGCAAAAGUUUGGGAUGCAAAUUCAAAAGAACUUAUUUCAAAAUUAAUUGGACAUAAACGAGAAAUUACUUGUUCAUGUAUAUCAACUAAUCAAUUAGUUGCAACGGGUUCAAAAGAUCAAAAUAUAUGUUUAUGGCGUUUACAAACAGGGCAAAUAGCAUCAACAAUGCCAAUUGCUAUGACACCAAUUGAUAUACAUAUGGCUGCACACAAUCGAACAAUAGUUGCUAUUGGUGACAAAGAUGGUGAAAGACAAUUAUUAAUGCUGCGUGUUAUAUCUGUACAACGAUAA